AUGCGACCGAAAGUGACCGUGGUGGGCGCCGGCAACGUCGGCGCCACCACCGCCCAGCGGCUGGCCGACGCCGAGCUGUGCGAUGUCGUUCUCAUCGACAUCAUCGACGGCAUUCCCCAGGGGAAGGGCCUCGACAUGCUGGAGGCCUGCCCGGUGACGGGCAGCGACGUCCAGGUGAGCGGCACCUGCGACUACGCGGACACCGCGGGGUCCGACGUCGUGGUCAUCACCGCCGGGCUGCCCCGGAAGGCGGGGAUGAGCCGGGACGACCUGCUCCGGAAGAACUACCAGAUCGUGAGCAGCGUGACCCGCCAGGCGAUGGAGCAUUCGCCGGACGCCAUCCUGGUGGUGGUCUCGAACCCCCUCGACGCCAUGGUGCAGACCGCGCUGAGGGCCAGCGGCCUGCCGAAGGCGCGGGUGGUCGGGAUGGCGGGGGUUCUCGAUUCGGCGCGCAUGCGGGCGUUUAUCGCCGCCGAAGUGAACGUCUCGGUCGACAACGUCCACGCCUUCGUGCUCGGCGGGCACGGGGAUGACAUGGUGCCGCUGCCGCGCUACUCCACGGUCGCCGGGAUUCCGCUCCCGGACUUCAUGUCCGAAGAAGCCAUCGCCCGGAUCGUCGAGCGGACCCGGAAGGGCGGCGGCGAGAUCGUGGCCUACCUGAAGACCGGAUCGGCCUACUACGCCCCCUCGGCGGCCAUCGUCGAGAUGGUGGACGCCAUCCUCAAGGACAAGAAGAAGAUCCUUCCCUGCACGGCCUAUCUGGAGGGCGAGUACGGCGUCGACGGCCUCUCUCUGGGGGUGCCGGUCAAGCUCGGACGCUCGGGCGUCGAAGAGGUCAUCGAGAUCAAGCUCACCCCGGACGAGCAGGCCGCGCUCGACCGGUCCGCCGCCGCGGUCCGCGAGCUCACCGAAAAGAUCGGCGUGUGA